CAUUGCGUGUAAAACGAAUUGAUGCGGUGACGUCUACCAGUGUUAAAAAAGCUAUCGCGGAACGAAAAUACGGAGAAACGAAAACUUCGAUUUUCUUAAGUUGAUUUUUGUCAUUUUGCAGGAUGCUAAGAGAUUAAAAAAUGGCCAAAACGGUGACUCUACCAGAGGAGGUUAUUAUGCCAAGUUCUGGGAAGUGGUACUGGAAAGAAGACACUAAUACGUUGGAAUUUCAGGCAAGUUGUCGAACGCCACUGUUUAUGAACAGCACCAACCUUGCAAUCGAUCCCAAAGAUAAGAAAGGUCAUCGGAAGAAGAACAUCACCUUCAAUGACCAUCCUGGGAAAAAAGACAGGGCACCAUCUGGACGCUAUGAUGUAGAUAGGGGCCAAGGCAAGGGACCAGCCAGGCAAGGGCUGACCUCCAAGUCUGCUAGGUCAAAAGCCACCAAGGAAACGACGGUCACUCUACAAAGAGUCAAAUCUGUUGUCCUGUCUUCACUGAUUGAAGUCAACAUUCAGACCCAUUCCUUUGAGAUGUGCCUGUUUGAAUUAAACCAGUUUGAUGAAUUCCUGUUGGGUCUGCUCAACUACUUCUCGUCAUUUUUUGAGCAAAUCGUCUUGGAAAGUAAGCCAAAGACAAUGACAACCGAACCCAGUCAAGCUGAGAAGAAAGCCAUGGCAGAGAUCAAGGCUUACAUGGAGGCGGCGCAGCGCAAACUGGCCAAGAGCUACUGUGUGUUGAUCCUCGGUCUGGGGCUGCCUGAACAUCAUCACAUGGGAUGUGGCAGUGACAGGGUAUCAUCAACAUAUAAAGACAGAGAACUAUAUGAGACGUUGUACAGAUUCUGUGUGCAUUUGGUGUGGAUUGUGUUCCGUCGUAAGGAGUAUGAACUCAUCAACAAGGAAAUGGGAAGGAUGCUUCGGUCUGACGUGUUUAACCCCGCCCUCCGGAUUAAGAACAUCCCUGAGGACGAGGAGGAUGAUGUGAAGGGUCAGGAGGCGAUAGACGCAGACCAUCUCAACAAGAAGCUGCUCUCACCGGCCGAAUAUAGAAGGAAGAAACCUAAACGGCCAGCGAUCACACAAAUCAUUAACCAGCGUUCGCCAGUCCUGGUCUCGUUACUGCCCACACCGAAGGAGGAGCAUGACUACUUGUUUGAACGGAUGACACUGGAUUCAACAGGGAGCAACGCAAACGCUUCACAGGGAGAUGAAGGUGGCCCGAAGAUCAAGUUAAACCACAAAGUUGGAAUCAUCGGCGAGCCUCUCAACCAAUUCAACCCGAUGACCCUGGCACCUCUGGGCUCUGAGCAGGAUGAAGAGAACGAUGACGACCAAGGAAAAACCAAUUCACAAUUUGGAACACCAAGCCCUGAUCACGGAGGUUUGACUCGUCAGCAUACAGACAUGUCUCAAGCAACCACAGAGGUCUUCUCUGAUGAUGAUGACGAUGACAUUGAUAUGUAGUUAAACUCUUACUUUCAGAUCAGUAUGGGUUAUAUUUUGGCAGAACUAGUCUUUUGGAUGAGGUGUACUGUAGCAAUUAGGGAGCAAGUCGAUCUCCCCCCACGAUCUGAUUCCAAAAAAAGUCAACUAGUCCAACCAUCUUUCAUUCAAGCCAAUUUUUUCAAAGUAUGGUUAACAAUAUAGUUAAGCACCCGAACUCACUCCAAUUUGAUGCAAGGAAAACAAAUUGCUGAAUUAGUGAGAAAAAGAUCCCAAGUUUUGAUAAGGAGUAACACAUACUGUAUGGGCUCAAUCAAAGUUUAAGUCAAUCUGUCUAAAAUUUCAAAUGGAAUUUUGAAAUUCUUUGGCAUUUCAAAUUUAUAGAAGGGAAAAAACUGCAAAAAAAAAUACCAAGAAAAAAGAGCCCGAAUAUUUUUUUAGGAGUUUAAUAAACUCAUGUCAAGUGUGCUCCUUCAAAAGGCUAGACACUUUUGUUGUGGUUUAAACUGGUUGUAAAAAAAAAAUGUGGGGAAACAAUAACAUUUUUGUAUUGAGAUGGUGGGGCAGUGGGUGCAUCCAAUGGGUGGUGUGUUACAUUUUUGUGCCAGAUUCCCCCCCCAUACCCCUGCUGUGAAGAAUGGACCAAUCCAUUAAGCCCCGCCCCAUUGUGUUCUGACCAAUCACAGCCGUGUUUAAUGUCCGACAGGAGUGCACAAAAGUCUGGAACAUGCAGUGUGGCAUUGAAGAGAUGUUUCCCUGUGUGCCUAGUGGGCUCAGCUUAAUGGAUCAGUCUAUUGUGCUGGGGGGGGGGAGAUUUCUUGAGAAAUUAUCAUGCUGUUACAGCUCUGUUGACAUGUCUAGCUUAGACAUGAUAAAAGUCAUUCUAUAUAUUUUGUGUCUUUCUGUUUCUUCACACACAAUGGUGGACCACAAAGCAAAGUGUUCUGUAGCACUUGGAAAAUUGAAUACAUUUUAUGUGUAAUUUGCUUGUACACUUGUGUAAAUUAUCAUAACUAGCUGGGUUUGUAUAGACUAUCUAUGGUUGUUAACAGCUAAGUCAUUGAUUUGUUUGUAAAUCCACAAAAUUUUUUUUUUAUUUUUUCCAAUUAUACCAUGAUUUUAUAAUUAUUGGUUGAAGACAGUUGAAGCAAAUUUAUUUGUACAAAUGUAUUUCAUCAAAAAUGUGUUUCUAAUAAAUCCGUCCUUUUUCGUAUAA